CCGGGCUUUCCUCGAGCGCCGCCGCCGAUGACAGCCGAGGGAAUCCGGCUGGACUGGCCCGGCCGGUCUUUAAAAGGCGAAGGCCGCAGCCCGCACGACUCGGCGGCCGCCUCCUGCCCGCCUUGACUCCGCGGCCGCGGGACUGAGUUUCUCGCCGCUUCCUCCAGCGGAGGAGGAGGAGCAGGAAAAGGAGGGCGAAGGCGGCGGCGGCGGCGCGGACGGGCCCCUCGGCUGAGCGCUCACCCGUGCGCCCGGGCCGGCGGCGGAGCUUCCAGCGGCGCCCUCCCCUCCUCCGCCGGGGCUUUUGGUCUCGCCCGCGCCCCUCGCGCUUCCCCGCUCCCUGCCGUCUUGGCUGGCCGGGGAGAAGUUGGAAGUUCAGAGCCGGUCGGGAGGCGGCGGCGGCGGGAGGAGAAAGGGCGGGGAGGCAGCGCUGCCGCGGCCGGGGCCUACCGAGAGCGGCCUAGUCAGCCCGCCAGCCCCCUCCGCCCCCAUGCCGCCGGCGCUGCCGCAGUGAGUCGGGCCGCUCCGCCGCGCUCGCAGGGCCGCGCCGGGUUCCAGCCCGCCGGCGGGAGCGGGAGGGAGGAAGGCGACCAGGCCCCCUCGGCGGCCGCGAUGAGCAACAGCCAGCAGCAGCAGCAGCCCCCGCUGCCGCGGCGGGUCACCAACGUGGGCUCCCUGCUGCUCACCCCGCAGGAGAACGAGAGCCUCUUCGGCUUCCUGGGCAAGAAAUGCGUGACAAUGUGUUCUGCAGUUAUUCAGAUUUAUGCAGCAGAUCGCAAUGCCAUAUGGUCAAAGAAGUGCUGUGGCGUAGCCUGCCUUGUGAAAGACAAUCCACAAAGGUCUUAUUUUAUCAGAAUAUAUGAUAUCAAGGAUGGAAAACAGUUAUGGGAACAAGAAUUGUAUAAUAAUUUUGUAUAUAAUAGUCCUAGAGCAUAUUUUCAUACCUUUGCUGGAGAUACCUGUCAGGUGGGCCUUAAUUUUGCUAAUGAAGAAGAAGCUAAAAAAUUCCAGAAGACAAUAACAGACUUACUUGGACGGCGCCAACGAAAAUCUGAGAAAAGGAGAGAUCUACCAAAUGGUCCAAGUCUACCAAUGGCAACUGUUGACAUCAAAAACCCAGAAAUCACCACCAAUAGAUUUUAUGGCUCCCAAGUCAAUAAUAUCCACAAUACCAAAGAGAAGAAAAAAGGAAAAGCAAAGAAGAAGAGGCUGACAAAGGCCGAUAUUGGAACCCCUAGCAACUUUCAGCACAUUGGGCAUGUGGGCUGGGAUCCAAAUACCGGUUUUGAUGUUAACAACUUGGAUCCGGAGUUGAAAAAAUUAUUUGAUAUGUGUGGAAUUUCAGAGGCUCAGCUGAAAGACAAAGAAACGUCCAAGGUUAUAUAUGAUUUUAUUGAAAAAACAGGAGGAGUAGAAGCUGUUAAAAACGAGUUACGUAGACAAGCUCCACCACCGCCUCCGCCAUCUAGGGGAGGUCCUCCUCCUCCUCCUCCUCCUCCCCCACAUAGCUCAGGGCCACCCCCUCCUCCUGCUAGGGGAAGAGGAGCUCCUCCACCCCCUCCAUCAAGAGCUCCAACAGCAGCACCCCCACCCCCACCACCAUCUAGACCUGGUGCUGCAAUGCCUCCUCCACCACCAAAUAGGAUGUAUCCUCCUCCCCCACCAGUUCAUUCUUCCUCUGCCCCCCCAGGCCCACCUCCACCUCCUCCACCACCAUCAGGUGGUUCAUGUGUGCCUCCACCCCCGCCGCCACCCCCGCCCCCUCCUGGGCCACCCCCACCACCUGGUCUUCCAACAGAGGUUGACCAACAGCUUCCAGUUCCUGCAGGAAACAAAGCAGCUCUCUUAGAUCAAAUCCGAGAAGGUGCACAAUUAAAGAAAGUAGAACAGAAUAAUUGGCCAGUCUCCUGCUCAGGAAGAGAUGCACUACUCGAUCAGAUACGACAGGGUAUACAGCUGAAGUCUGUAUCCGAUGGCCAAGAGACUGCACCUCCUACGCCUGCACCCACCUCAGGUAUUGUGGGAGCACUAAUGGAAGUUAUGCAGAAAAGGAGCAAAGCCAUUCAUUCUUCAGAUGAAGAUGAGGAUGAAGAAGAUGAAGAAGACUUUGAGGAUGAUGAUGAAUGGGAUGACUGAUCCAACAUAUUAUAUAUCAUAUAAAUAUAUAUAUUUUUAAGGUGAAUUACUAAAACUACUUUCUGUCUAUGGAUUCUGUAAAAUUAUCAUGUAAAUGGUCUACCAAUUUGCUGUAUAUUUUUGUUGCCUUUUGCUUUUUUUAUUAAUCUGUGCAAUACCUCAUUUAAUCUGUAAAGGUUUGUCAUAAUCCUCUCCAAAAGCUACUCCCAACUUAAUGUGUGCAAGUUUACAUCAGGUUGCUCAGUGUACAUGUGAAUACUUUCCAUUCCAUCAAUAAGGGAGUUUUAAUGUAACGCGCGAGACUGACAAACAUUUUAAAUGUAUUUAGUUAUAAUGCAAGAAGGAAAAAAACACUAUUUUCAUACCCUACUUUUUUCUGUACCUAAAUUUUCUUAUUAAAACUUAGUUAUAGCACUACAUUAUUUAAGCAUUGCAGCUCCUAGUUGAUUAGCCCUUUCAUCUUGGAAGCUACACUACAUGAAUGAGGCCGAUGAAAACAGUGAACUUCAUAACACUACACUUUUAGCAUUAAGCUAUACAUCAAACAAUCACUAGAAGAUAAAAUGGUUGUGAAAUUUUUUCCCCUGAUUCUGUAGCAGUGCCAUUGGGAAAGCUUUUGAAAUCCCAAAUGCCGAGUCCCAGUUGAGGUCACGGAGCACAACGUCUUUGAUGUAAGCUACCUUUGCGAUUGACUUUCUUUUCUUUCUUUUUUUGCCUGCUACCUUUUACAAUGAAGAGGAGUCUACGUUUAUGGCAACUGCUGCAGUCAUUUAUUUAUUUUUAUAUAAUCUUUUUUACCGAAGGGCUGUGGAUUAAUAUUUGCUUGGGUUAACCUUGGGUUUAAAUCCAUUUUUUUUAAACGUUGGUGUACUAAUAAAUGAACUUAAGUGCUGUAACCCUGCAGACUUGAUGGCUUAUGGUACAAACCAACAACACACUUUAGGCACCAGAUCCUGCAUCUAGGAAUGGAAAGCAAUGAAAUGGGGACGGAUGCCUUAAAAUAAUCUGCUUCUCCUGACUGUGACGAUAUGCCCUAAUGUCAUGGAAGCAGCGGCAGAAGGAGAAGCUGGAGCUCCUUACUGAUGUUUGCACACCAAGCCCCUUGACCUCCUUUAACCCUGUCCGUCUGUGUUUGGGCCCGGUAAUUUAGUUUGGGUGUAUGCUCUGCUCAUCAGACGGCCAGUGCUGGUGAUGCUGAGGCCCGGUUCUGUAUUCCUCACAAGAAGCUUUCCUAUGAAUUGCCAGUCACAAUAGGUCAGUGUUGUCCUGUGUCCUCUCUUCCUUUUUAGAGCUCAAGAAGAGAGUGGGUAGAGCCAGCUGAGCUGCUUGCCUUUCGUGGAGGCCUGGAAAUCUUCUUUAAAAAAAAAACUUGUGGAAGCUUACUGUUAUGGAGUUACUGCUUUCUGUUCUAUUUACUGAACUUGCUUUUUGCGAUAAUGUCUUUUGUGGUCUUUAGAAUUUAAUCCGAAGGGUUGCGAUCUUCAAAGAUAGAGAGCCCUGUGCUUGGAACGAAGCAUUCCACCCCGGAUAAAUUAAGUUCUCAUAUUAAUUUUCAUCCUUAACUAACCAGUUUAAUAUUUUUGAGGUAUCUGCCUAUCUUGACACGUGGUAACAAGUUUUAAAGAUAGGCAUUGGCAACGCUUAUUUAACUAGCAGGGGGAAGAUAGGUAGGAAACGUUAGAAAGACCACUUGUCUCACUGAUGCAAAAUGUUUCAAGUCAGACUUCCUAGGUCCCCUCACACUCUUGUCAUGAUAUAUAAGACAGAAUUGUAUUUACUGAAACCCAGUGUUGGCCUGAUCUUGGCAGGCUGGUCCUGCAUAACAUGGCUUGGAUUUCUAGUGCAGUUUAUAUAAUGUCUAGCAGUGGCUUUUUAAAACUUCAUAUGGAGAAGGGGGGGUGGGGAAAGUUGUGGAUGGGAAGGAGGUGCAGUAAAGCAAAACCUAAAUUAUUUAGAGAAUAAAUAACUUUUAAGCACAUGACCUGGGAGAAGAGAUUUCUUUUCCCUAGCAUCUCUCUUUCUCCCUCUGCCCCCAACCCCUCGCAGUUGCAUUCACAGCACUGCCUGCUGCUGGGAAAGACUUUAACUAGCAGUGCUGCUAGUACAGUUUGAGGAUUGUGAGCAGUGUGGCUGAGGGCUGAAUAAAUGCUGUCUCGUAGGGUUAAGAAUGUGUGCACAUGGGAAAGGGGUGUUUAAUGGCCUUCAGUAAAAGCUUUUCUUUUUUUGGUGUCAUGUCUCUGUAGUCCUGAUACCAUAACGGGCAUUUUAAAGUGGACACUGCUCAGGUGGCCUCCAAAGACGUUACUUAUUAGCAUGAAUUAAGCACAGGCUUCCAGAGUGUAAAGAGAGAGAGCUUGGGAAAGGCUUAAUGUAUGUCUGGAUACGUGGGAUGCUUGUGUAAUCCAUUAAUCACUUGCCAAACAGGCUUCUGAUUCUUUUCUUCUUCUUCCUGUACAAGGUGUAUCCAUGCUAUUGCACAAAAGUUCAAAUGUUUUUGCUUUCGAUAGCAUAUCGUAUGGUUUUUUUAAGUCAAGGCAUGACUGCAGUUACAGUUAGGCUAAAUUUUUGUCACCACUGCAUGUUUCUGCAUCCCCUGCUUCCUGGUGUAGGCAGGGAACUUUCAUAGUAUUGAAUUACUACUGCUAACCGUUGUAACAAAGCCGGUUGAAUUGACUGUCCAAGUAGCCUUGGCAAAUCCGCAAAUGAGUGCAAGGCUUGUAUCUUGGCACUAUGCAUAGACAAUAUCUGCUAGCAGCUUAUACUUUGGAAAUGUCUCAAUCAUUCAGUUUUUCCAUUUCAUCAAAUUGAAAUUAUUGGUAUGUGAAUUUUUUCUCUUUUUUGGCAUUUUUUUUGAAAUGUACAGUGAAUAGGAUGUUGCACUGGUGGCAAUUCAUCAUGGAGCAUAAUAAAAUUAAUUUGACUCGGUAUUAA